UUGGGGACCACUGGUUUAGGGCUAUAUAAAUAAACAUUGAUUGAUUGAGAUGGAUGGAUGGAUGUCAUAACGUUGUUAGCAUUCAAUCAGACUUUAUCGUGAGGUUUUGUAUUAGUGUUCCUAAAAAAAUGGAUACACCGGCCCCCAGACACAUUAUGUUCUCUAAAUUUGGCCCGCCGGAGUCAAAACAAUUGCCCAGGCCUGCACCAGACGGAGCCCGUGUACCACUCAUGGCACACAUACCAGCCUUUGAGAAUGAUAUAAGCCAUGGGUAGGGAACCUAUGGCUCUAGAGUCAGAUGUGGCUCUUUUGAUGACUGCAUCUGGCUCUUAGAUAAAUCUUAGCUGACAUUGCUUAACACGAUAAGUAAUGAAUAAUUCCGCUGGUAAUCACAGUGUUAAAAAUAACGUUGAAAUUAUAAUCAAUCAAUGUUUAUUUAUAUAGCCCCAAAUCACAAAUGUCUCAAAGGACUGCACAAACCAUUACGACUACGACAUCCUCGGAAGAACCCACAAAAGGGCAAGGAAAACUCACACCCAGUGGGCAGGGAGAAUUCACAUCCAGUGGGACGCCAGUGACAAUGCUGACUAUGAGAAACCUUGGAGAGGACCUCAGAUGUGGGCAACCCCCCCCCCUCUAGGGGACCGAAAGCAAUGGAUGUCGAGCGGGUCUAACAUGAUACUGUGAAAGUUCAAUCCAUAGUGGCUCCAACACAGCCGCGAGAGUUCAGUUCAAGCGGAUCCAAGACAGCAGCGAGAGUCCCGUCCACAGGAAACCAUCUCAAGCGGAGGCGGAUCAGCAGCGUAGAGAUGUCCCCAACCGAUACACAGGCGAGCGGUCCAUCCUGGGUCUCGACUCUGGACAGCCAGUACUUCAUCCAUGGUCAUCGGACCGGACCCCCUCCACAAGGGAGGGGGGGACAUAGGAGAAAAAAGAAAAGAAGCGGCAGAUCAACUGGUCUAUUUAAAGGCUAGAGUAUACAGAUGAGUUUUAAGGUGAGACUUAAAUGCUUAAAUUAUAAAACAUUCUCAUGCAUUUCAAUCCAACCCUCCAUUUUUAUAUCGCACCUGUUCAAGAAGUUGCAUUAAUGGUAAGAAGUAUUACAUUUAUUAUUGGUUAGCUUCAGAAUAACAAUGUUAUUAAAAAGAAUAAGAGACUUAUUAUACUCAAAAUGUUGGUCUUACUUAAAAUUGUACGCAUUUAGUUGUAUUCAUUCAUCCAUCCAUCCAUUCAUUCAUUUUCUACGGCUUAUUCCCUUUGGGGUCGUGGAGGGCGCUGGUGCUUAUCUCAGCUACAAUAGGGCGGAAGGUGGGGUACACCCUGGACAAGUCGCCACCGAUAUGGCUCUCACGGAAAUACAUUUUGAAAUAUCUGGCUUUCAUGGCUCUUUCAGCCAUAAAGGUUCCCGACCCCUGAUAUCAGCGGUAUGUUGCUGUGUUUGUGUACACAACGGGACGGCUUUAGUAGCACAGCCUGUAUCGAUCCUAUGCAGGAUGGAUGUGCUUCUCCCGAGUUUCCAGGUGAAUUACAGCUGUCUAUGGCCAUUGGAGGAGAGUGCAACCACUCGGAAGAAGCACUCUCGUCCUAAUGGGCUUUAAGUACAAGCCUUUAUGGGGGAUAAUGUGGAGUAAUGGUGAAGUCUGCAGACAGUUGUGUUUGUCGACCGCCGUCCAACAAUCCAGCCCAGAUUGAUGGUCGGUUCGGAGCGUAAGGCGUGUCAAUUAGCCCACAUCAAUGUUUCAUUGGCUCUUUUCAUAUUCUCAAACUGCCCUCAUGAUCGGUGUGGCACCUUCACAAAGUGUGCUCCUCCAGAAUAUUCAUCCAGAGGGUGUGUCCACCAUCUAUUAGGAGAGCUUACUGUGCACUUAAUGACACUUCUCAGGGGCGGGGGGGAAAACCGUAGGCUGGGGUCCCGUAGGGGACUGCAGGGGACUUGUGGCAAGAUGACCUGAUUUCUCAUUUUCUCUCCUCCCAGAGCUGCGGGCUGCAAAAGACAAGAAGGCUCCCCAGGAGGAAGGCGUCAUGGUUCGGACCGGAUCUAUUUGGGUUCUGGCAGGACUACAUUGGACGGUGUUUUCCACUUUGGAUGGAGCCGUGAGUGGCUGAAGUUGAUCUUCAAUACGAUCAGGUGCGCAGCCAUGGCUAACCUGCAGCAGGAAUACCCCGGAGUCCUCUUGGGGAUCCUGGAGGAACUGGCUAAUAUGCGUCAGUGGUUGACCUUCCAGGACCUUUGUCGCAUGGUCAGCACCCGCUUUGAGCUGCGACAUCUCGUCGAGCUCAGGAGUUUGUUGUUUGACGCUGCCAGCCGGGACCCCUGUUUUCCAGCGACUCUCUUUCGGGACCGGGUCUCCACCAGAGGACAGGGCCUGUCACCGAUAGGGGUCGCUGCCGACAUCGUGACGAUAUUUAAUCUCAUUCAAAUGACGGGAGGGGUGACGGAUGACUGCCAACCAAUGAGAGCUCAGACGGUUCUUCCUGUGGACCAGUGCCCUGGCCCCAGUCUGCCUGGAGUCUACCAGCUGAACAUUCCUGGUGGGGGAAGAGCACGGACUCACUCAGACUCCGCUGGCAGCCGUUUUGACGGACACUUGCUGUUUCCCAAUUCCAAUUACUCGGCACGCAAACGGUCCAGUCUUCCCCCGGAUCCCGUCUCACUUAUAUCUCCUCCUCGGGUCAGGACGCGGGCGGUGUCUUUUGACUUGCCUCACACCACACUUUUGUACCCCAGCGAGGCCAUGAAGAGUAUUUACUUGCCUUUGGAGACAGACAGCGAGUCAAGUGCAGAUUCAGCUCCCGUUGAGGUGUUUGAAAUGGAGCAGGAGUCAUCAGUCGACCAGAGGAGAAACGUCUUUAAGAAGGACUUCCACAACCAGCCGACUCUCAUACCGCAGGUGACCGUCAACAGCGAGUCUCCCAGUCCCAAAGAAGAGAAAGGCUUCGACAACCAGAGCUUUGAUAUCAUCCCUAACCCUUACCCUUCACCCAGCACAGUCCAACAGUCUCCAGAUAAGCGGACUAAACAUGAAGGUAGUGACGAUUUACAGGACUCGACGUACUUCGGACCUGUGUCAGUCCCCGAGCGCUCUCCCAAACACUUGCAACCCCCCAGAAGCCGAAGACCCUUCUGGAGCAACAAGAGUCACAGUCUAGAGGACCGGAUCAGCCCGGCAAGUGCUGGGUCAGGGCUUGAGUCUCGUGGCGUACAACAACCCAGGCGAUCAACGCCUGCUAUAAGCAAACUGGGGCGCUCUUUGGGAGGUGAGAUUGGUGAUACUGGAAUUGAUGGACUCAAGGCUCAAGGAACCCAGACCGAUAUUCCAGAUUCUAGGCGCCUCCGUAGUCUGGUCCAUGCUGACCGUCUGUCCUUCAUGACUUCAUUAGAUGAUCCCGAAUUUGGUGAGGAUGACAUCAGUGCCAUAUUCCGCUUCUUAGAUGACAUAAGCAUGUGCGGGUCCACGGGAGUGCUUCACCCGAACGAUGGCCUUAACCAGGACACCCCGGAGGCCAGACGAGGCCGCCUAGGCCAACUCCAAAGGCUGUUCCACUCGCUGGAAAGCAAUGACGAUGGAGUAAAAGCCAGCGUGUGUAGACUCUUGCUGCGCAUGAACCAGAUCGAGCGACAACUGGAGUCACUAAAUGACGUCAAGGCUGAGAUUUCUCAGGUGUUGUCAGCUCUGCAGCGUCUGGACGAAAAGAUCCCGCAGCCCGCCGUCGGUAACGGACAUUGCACCGACGACCGAUGGCUCGAGCCCCUCAGCGGCGUCUCCUCCUUCAUGAGCCACCCCCUAACCCCCUCGGAGUCCUCCGAGCCUCAGCCUCUGUCCGCGUCGGGACACCUCUUCCCAGCCACCAGCACCAGUAGUCUGGACUGGAACAGGUGGAACAGCCCUCGGGAGAAAACCGACAGCAGCGGGGCUCAAGUCAGUAAAGACGCGUCAUCUUUUCGCGGCUCAAAAAACCAGCUUGGAGAGAAAGGGAAUGCCGAUGCCAAGCAAGUAAACGUGUCAACCGCUGCCAAAGACUGGAGCGUGUCUUUCUCAAAACUGAAAGGUGGAAGAUCUCCAGACGGAAAAAGUGGGAAGCCAGAUCAGUCAAGCGGAAGGGCCAAACUCCUCUCCCAGAAGUCGUCCAGCCUGGUGGAACAAAUGUUUGGUUCGUCUUUGUUUGGCAACAAAGAAAGCAGCUUGACUGGCGGACUGACGUCUGGGAAGGUGAUGGACCCCAGACUGGCGGAAGGGAGAGGAAGACCCAUCUGGACUGUUGAUGACAGAGAGGCGCGCAUAUCUCCUUACGAUUCUCAGACCCAUGAUUCUCUCAACCCCAACAACAUGGAGUUCUGGAUGGACGACACUCCGGGUUACGACGCCCUACUCAGGCGUAAAGAGGCGGGCAUACGCCGGGCCAAGGUCUGCAAGUUCCUGGCGCUCCUUGCCGCCGUCCUGGCUGUGGUUCUCAUCGUGGUCAUUCCCAUCUGCGCCGUGAGAUCAUGAGCUCGUUUCGGACAUUUUCCACAGCCGCUCCGUAACCUCGUACUCGCACAGCAUCCUGGUAGACAACGAUUUGAAUGUGACAGAAGAAGUCUGAACUUGUGAAACGCUUUAUUUUCUUCGGACGGAUCAACUGUCAAGUCCAAAGUUGGGGCUUCAAUCACUUAGUGCGCACCAUGCUUGUUCCAUUCCCCGGUAUCUUUUCUUCAUGCAAUGGACCUGUGGAGGGAGAGUGUGAUCAGCGCACCUGCUGGAGCAAAGGUCACCGCCUCUGUCGAUGGUGCUGAGACCGGAGCACUAUCACUUAACCUAAUCAGUGGCCUAGUGGUUAGAGCAGGGGUCAGCAACCUUUUUGAAACCAAGAGCUACUUCUUAGGUACUGAUUAAUGCGAAGGGCUACCGGUUUGAUACACACUUAAAUAAAUUGCCAGAAAUAGCCAAUUUGCUCAAUUUACCUUUAAUAAAUAAAUCUAUAUAUAUAAAAAAUGGGUAUUUCUGUCUAUCAUUCCGUCGUACAAUUUUUUUCCUUUUAUGGAAGGUUUUUUUGUAGAGAAUAAAUGAUGACAAAAACACUUAAUUGAACGGUUUAAAACAGGAGAAAACACGAAAAAAAUAACAUUUUGAGACAUAGUUUAUCUUCAUUUUCAACUCUUUAAAAUUCAACCGCAGAAAAUGAAGAGGAAAAAAUAGCUAAUUCUAAUCUUUUUGAAAAAAAAAAAUAAUAAUUUAUGGAACAUCAUUAGUCAUUUUUCCUGAUUAAGAUUAAUUUUAAAAUUUUGAUGACAUGUUUUAAAUAGGUUAAAAUCCAACUUGCACUUUGUUAGAAUAUAUAACAAAUUGGACCAAGCUAUAUUUCUAACAAAGACAAAUCAUUAUUUCUUCUAGAUUUUCCAGAACAACAUUUUUUGAAGAAAUUCAAAAGACUUUGAAAUAAGAUUUGAAUUUGAUUAUACAGAUUUUCUAGAUUUGCCGGAAUAAUUUUUUUGAAUUUUAAUCAUAAGUUUGAAGAAAUAUUUCACAAAAAUUAUUCGUCGAAAAAAAUAAGCUGAAAUGAAGGAUUAAAUUAAAAUGUAUUUAUUAUUCUUUACAAUAAAAAGAAAAAAAAAUACUUGAACAUUGAUUUAAAUUGUCAGGAAAGAAGAGGAAGGAAUUUAAAAGGUAAAAUGGUGUGUUUAAAAAUCCUAAAAUCAUUUUUAAGGUGGUAUUUUUUCUCUAAAAUUGUCUUUCUGAAAGUUAUAAGAAGCAAAGUAAAAAAAAUAAAUGAACUUAUUUAAACAAGUGGAUUUUCAAAUUCUAUUUGAGUUUUGUCCCUCUUAGAAUUAAAAAUGUCCAGCAAAGCGAGACCAGCUUGCUAGUAAAUAAAUACAAUUUUAAAAAUAGAGGCAGCUCACUGGUAAGUGCUGCUAUUUGAGCCAUUUUUAGAACAGGCCAGCGGGCGACUCAUCUGGUCCUUACGGGCGACCUGGUGCCCGCGGGCACCACGUUGGUGACCCCUGGGUUAGAGUGUCCACCCUGAGAUCGAUAAGUUGUGAGUUCAAACUCGGCCGAGUCAUACCAAAGACUAUAAAAAUGGGAGCCAUUACCUCCCUGCUUGGCACUCAGCAUCAAGGGUUGGAAUUGGGCGUUAAACCACCAUAAAUGAUUACCAGCCAAAACUGCUGCUCACUGCUCCCCUUACCUUGUCUUGCAUUCCUAUUUUGUUGGCUUUUUCUCUUUUUUUUGGUAUUUUCCUGUAGCUGUUUCAUGUCUUCCUUUGAGCGAUAUUUCCCACAUCUCUUUUGUUUUAGCAAUCAACAAUAUUUCAGUUGUUUUUAUCCGUAUUUGUGGGGACAUUGUUGAUUGUCAUGUCGUGUUCGGAGGUACAUUGUCUUUGCUCCACAGUAAGUCUUUGCUGUCGUCCAGAAUUCUGUUUUUGCUUACUUUCUAGCCAGUUCAGUUUUAGUUUCGUUCUGCAUCUCUAAGCUUCAAUGCCUUUUCUUAGGGGAACACACCUUUUGUUUAUUAUUGUUUAAGCCAUACUUGCCAACCCUCCCGAAUUUCAGUGCCCCUCCCGAAAAUCUCCCGGGGCAACCAUUCUCCCAAUUUCCACCCGGACAACAAUAUUGGGGAUGUGCCUUAAAGGGACUGCCUCUAGCGUCCUCUACAACCUGUCCUCACGUCCGCCUUUUGUCCAUACAAAAAUAUGCAUUUUUUCCCACACACACGUAAGUGAAUACAAUGCAUACUUGGUCAACUUGUUUAAGUCGGGGUCCACGUUAAUCAAUUCAUGGUAAGCUUAUGGAAGCUCGCCAUAAAAAGUAAGUCUUGCUGCUGCUAAUGUCGGUCACAUGUGCAAACAGAUCAGUGCACAUCCAGAGGAGGCGUUUUCCAGGAAUCUCUUUGAGUGGGAGUUUCCACUUGUAAAUGCAAUUAAUGGGCUGUUUGGAGUGCAUCCUCACGCAUUAAGCGGUGCUGGCCUCGGCUUCCACCCUCACCCCCAACAUCAGACUCCAUAACAAUUUAAUUUGCCUUCCCCCCACAGUGAUGAAUGUGGUUUCCACUUGGAUGACAGGUUGCAUUUGGUAAAAAAAACAAAAACAAACUUCCUGUCGACUUAUAUGCUUUGGGUGCCAGGCUGUUAAUAGUUUAAGUGGUUGACGGACAGGUGGAGUAAAUCUAAUUCAGUUUUAUCACAUCUGGGGAGUUGAGGAUGAAGAAAAGUUUUCUUAUUUGUGUGCUUGUAUGACUGACUCAGCAUAUAUUGUGUUGCGCUAGUAACGCGAAUGCAAGACAACUUGAAACACAAACAUUUAUCGCGUUUAUUUACGGUUUAUUCCAGAGAUGUCCGAUGGCUAAAACAAUGAUAACAUCUGCGGCUGAGGCCCCCUCUCAGACAAGAAGUUUUUGUCCUUGCACAGAUAGAAUAGUCUAACUUGAGCACAUGAGCUAAUAACUAUAGCAACUGACUUUAAGCAUACUAAAGUUGUGUGAUAAUAAUUAUACAUUAUUAUUCUAACACUGAGGAUGAAGACGAGUUUUCUCAUUUGUGUGAGUUUAAAGUGUGCUUGUAUGACGGACUCUGCAUAUAUUGUGUUGCGCUUGUAACGCAAAAGCAAAACAACUUGAAACACAAACAUUUAUCUUGUUUAGUUACGGUUUAUUUUAGAGAGUUCCGAUAAUGGCUUUUUUGCUGAUAUCCGAUAUUGUCCAACUCUUAAUUACCGAUUCCAAUAUAUACAGUCGGGGAAUUAUGUCAGGUUGACAUGUAUUAAACAGACAAGAAGCAAGGAACCAUGCAGAGACAGAGUUCAAUUUCGCUCAUGGGGAGAACGCAUGGAGCUGCACACUUAGUCACAGUCUCACCCGACGCUCUAAGGUUCAGCUCCCGCGUCCCUCUAUUUAUUCAGGAGUUCCACAGUCAACAUCACUGAGGCCGCCUCUAAAAGAAGUGGUCACAUAUAUUAUGCAAAGCAGGUCCAGGACGCACAGUACGUGACGGAAUGUGCUGGGGCCUUGUAAUUCCGCCUUGUCUCUGCUUCUGCUGCGUGCUGUCGUCUUAUCUGCGUUGAGGUCUUUGAAGUCCUUGGCUGUUAGCGGGCUAAAACAAUGAUAACAUCUGCAGCUGAGGCCCCCACUCAGACAAGAAGUUUUUGUCCUUGCACAGAUAGAAUAGUCUAACUUGAGCACAUGAGCUAAUAACUAUAGCAACUGACUUUAAGCAUACUAAAGUUGUGUGAUAAUAAUUAUACAUUAUUAUUCUAACACUGAGGAUGAAGACGAGUUUUCUCAUUUAUGUGAGUUUAAAGUGUGCUUGUAUGCAAACUCUGCAUAUAUUGUGUUGCGCUUGUAACGCAAAAGCAAAACAACUUGAAACAAACAUUUAUCGUGUUUAAUUACGGUUUAUUCUAGAGAUGUCCAAUAAUGGCUUUUUUGCCGAUAUCCGAUAUUGUCCAACUCUUAAUUACCGACUCCAAUAUAUACAGUCGUGGAAUUAUGUCAGGUUGACAUCUAUUAAACAGACAAGAAGAAAGGAACCAUGCAGAGACAGAGUUCAAUUUCGCUCAUGAGGAGAACGCAUGGAGCUGUACACUUAGUCACAGUCUCGCCCUACGUUCUAAGGUUCAGCUCCCGCGUCCCUCUAUUUAUUCAGGAGUUCCACAGUCAACAUCACUGAGGCCGCCUCUAAAAGGAGUAGUCACAUAUAUUAUGCAAAGCAGGUCCAGGACGCACAGUACGUGACGGAAUGUGCUGAGGCCUUGUAAUGCCGCCUUGUCUCUGCUUCGUCUGCGUGCUGUUGUCUUAUCUGCGUUGAGGUCCUUGAAGUCCUUGGCUGUUAGCGGGCUAAAACAAUGAUAACAUCUGCAGCUGAGGCCACCACACAGAUAAGAAGUUUUUGUCCUUGCACAGAUAGAAUAGUCUAACUUGAGCACAAGAGAUAAUAACUAUAGCAACGGACUUUAGGCAUACUAAAGUUGUGUGAUAAUAAUUAUACAUGAUUAUUCUAACACUGAGGAUGAAGACAAGUUUUCUCAUUUGUGUGAGUUUAAAGUGUGCUUGUAUGACAGACUCUGCAUAUAUUGUGUUGCGCUUGUAACAAAAAAGCAAAACAACUUGAAACACAAGCAUUUAUCGUGUUUGAUUACGGUUUAUUCUAGAGAUGUCCGAUAAUGGCUUUUUUGCCGAUAUCCGAUAUUCCGAUAUUGUCCAACUCUUAAUAACCGAUUCCGAUAUCAACCAAUACCGAUAUAUACAGUCAUAGAACUAUGUCAGGUUCAAACACUGAUGACAUCUAUUAAACAGACAAGAAGCAAGGAACCAUGCAGAGACAGAGUUCAAUUUCACUCAUGAGGAGAACGCAUAGAGCUGCACACUUUGUCACUGGGAUUUUACCAUCUACGCUCCAUAAUAUCAUCUAAAUGUUCAGAGGAUCUGGAGAAAUUACUGCACGUAAGCCAUGAUAUUACGGACCUUGGAUUCCUCAAGCGGUACUGCUACAAAAAGCGGCGACAGUGUGUAAAGAAUAUCACCACAUGGGCUCAGGGACUCUUCAGAAAACCACUGUCACUAAAUACAGUUUGCCGCUACAUCUGUAAGUGCAAGUUAAAACUCCACUAUGCAAAUCCAAAGCCAUUUAUCAGCAACACCCAAAACGAUUCAUUGGGCCUGAGCUCAUCUAAGACGGACUGAUGCAAAGUGGAAAAGUCUUCUGUGGUCUGACGAGUCCACAUUUUGGAAACUGUGGACGUUGGGUCCUCCAGACCAAAGAAGAAAAGAACCACCCGGACUGUUCUAGGAGCGAAGUUGAAAAGGCAGCAUGUGUGAUGGUAUGGGGUUGUAUCAGUGCCUAAGCCAUGGGUAACUUACACAUCUGUGAAGGCACCAUUAAUGCUGAAAGUUACAUACAGGUUUUCGAACAAUAUAUGCUGCCAUCUAAGCGCCGUCUUUUUCAUGGACGCCACUGCUUAUUUCAGCAAGACAAUGACAAGCCACAUUCAGCACGUGUUACAACAGCGUGGCUUCGCUAAAAAAAAAGUGUGGGUACUUUCCUGGCCCGCCUGCAGUCCAGACCUGUCUCCCAUGGAAAAUGUGUGGCGCAUUAUGAAGCGUAAAAUACGACAACGGAGACCCCGGACUGUUGAACGACUGAAGCUCUACAUAAAACAAGAAUGGGAAAGAAUUCCACUUUCAAAACUUUAACAAUUAGUUUCCUCAGUUCCCAAACGUUUAUUGAGUGUUGUUAAAAGAAAAGGUGAUGUAACACAGUGGUGAACAUGCCCUUUCCCAACUACUUUGGCACGUGUUGCAGCCAUGAAAUUCUAAGUUAUUUGCAAAAAAAAAAAAAAAAAUAGUUUACGGGUUUGAACAUCAAAUACGUUGUCUUUGUAGCAUAUUCAACUGAAUAUGGGUUGAAAAGGAUUUGCAAAUCAUUGUAUUCCGUUUAUAUUUACAUCUAACACAAUUUCCCAACUCAUAUGGAAACAGGGUUUGUAUGUCCUACAGUAUCAUAUUAUUUUACAGUAAACAUUCACAGUUGCAAAUGUACAUCUUCCCCUCUUGGACUAUUCUUAGAAUUCAAUAUGUUGCAAUAGGGAAAGGAUGCAUAUCACUACAUUUCCCAAACAUGUUUUCUCCAUCCAGUCCUAAAAACUUCCUCUUGCUUGGAGUGCACAAACAUGCACGGAGUGUAAUGAGAGUGUGUUUUUUUUGCUUCAGUGCAUCCUCCUAAGUGGAUGUGCAUCUGCUCCCCACGAGAGUGUUUGUGGAUCCAUUACCAUUGUUGCCACUGAAGAGUUCCAACUGCAGCGCCGAGUCAGCACAAUUUGCAGGUGCUUGGGCUAAAACUUCUGUGCAUUAGGGACCUCUUAUUACCUUUUUUUUUUAACCCUCAUGAGAUGCUUCUAUGACAUGUAGACUUUGUUGUUGCAGUCUCAGGUAAAUAGAAGGAUGUUGUGAGCCAAUGAAGAUUAGCUCAUGUUGCUCGAGUGAAGGAAAU